AUGACUGCAAACGAGACUCCCGCCAAUGGGCGUAAGUCGCUCAUCCUCAAUGCCUUUGUGGAAAUGUGCAGUGGCCACCAGUCCCCCGGGCUCUGGCAACAUCCCGAGGAUGAGUCGUGGCGGUUUAAUGAUGUCGACCACUGGGUUGAACUAGCCAAACUGCUCGAAUCGGCUAAAUUCCAUGGCAUUUUCAUUGCCGAUGUCCUAGGCGGCUAUGAUGUCUACAAGGGCCCUAGGAACCUUGAGCCCGCUAUUGUCUCCGGUGCUCAAUGGCCUGUCAAUGAGCCAUUGGCUGUCGUCCCGGCCAUGGCUGCUGCCACUCAGAACAUUGGCUUCGGUGUCACUGUCACAACAACAUAUGAACCUCCAUACCACCUUGCUCGUCGGCUAUCGACAGUCGACCACCUCACCAAAGGUCGUGUCGGAUGGAAUGUCGUCACCGGAUACCUCGACUCCGCAGCCCGCAACAUGGGCUACGCCCAUCAACCCAACCACGACGACCGCUAUGCCGUCGCCGAAGAAUACAUUAAAGUAGCCUACAAGCUUUGGGAAUCCUCCUGGCGCUCUGACGCUGUCGUCCUCGACCGCCAGCGCGGCGUCUACGCCGAACCCUCCCGCAUCCGCCAAAUUAACCACCAAGGCAAAUACUUCGAAGUCCCCGGCCCGCACCUUUGCCAGCCGUCUCCCCAGCGCACGCCUCUAAUACUGCAAGCUGGUACAUCGAAGGCAGGCAAGACGUUCGCUGCGCAGCAUGCUGAAGCCAUCUUUGUUGGUGGACAUAGCCCGUCUGUGGUGAAGAAGAAUAUUGCGGAGAUUCGGGAGAUGGCAAAGACGCAGUUUGGGAGAGAUCCACAGAGUAUUAAAUUUUUGGCGCUACUGUGUCCGAUUCUCGGAAAGACAGAGGAGGAGGCGAAGGAGAAGUUUGCCUAUUUUAGGAGUUUAGGGUCUAUUGAUGGUGCGUUGGCGCUGUUUGGUGGGUGGACUGGGAUUGAUCUCGAUACGUAUGGUGAGGAUGAGGAGCUGCGGACAGUCGAGAGUAAUGCUAUUCGGUCCGCCGUCGAAGGCUGGUCCAAGGCCACCCCCGAAGUCCCCAAAUGGACAAAGAAGACAGUCGGCGAGCACAUCACCGUCGGUGGUCUCGGCGCAACAGCCGUCGGCACACCACAGCAAGUCGCAGACCAAAUGGAGAAAUGGGUUGAUGAGGCUGACGUUGAUGGUUUCAACAUUGCCUACGCCGUCAAACCUGGUACAUUCAAGGACGUCAUCGACCUGCUCCUCCCUGAACUCCGUCGGAGAGGUCUCUUCCACGAUGACUACGCCGUGCCCAAGGGAACGUAUCGGGAGAAUGUAUAUAGCAAGAAGGGACAGUCUGGGCCGCCGGCUGAUCAUCCUGCUUCGAAGUAUCGGUGGGAUGCGGGUGUUGAGGAGCAUAAGAUUCCUGAAUAA